UGUGUUGUAGGUUGGGGCAAAGUCCUCAAUGGCUCCAGCUCCAGUCAGGGCAGAAGUACGUUUGCGAGCUAAACGAGCCGUUAGGAAGACCGCGAAGCACCUGAAAAAAUCGUUGAAGCAAUCUUCUUUAGAUAAUGAGGAGACUUGGCACUUGUUGGAGAAGUCACAAACUGAUGAUGUCUCCAGGAUUUGUGCUAGACAAUUGCUGUUGUUGAGAAGUCAGCUGAAGGAUAGGCUGAGAAGUUAUGUGAAUGGUGAGUGCUCUAUUGAAGAUCUGGUGCUCCAUACUGGCUUGAAUAGAGACGUGGUUGAUUCUAUUCUAGAGAAGUAUACCGACGACAAGGAAGGUGGAGAAUUCGAUAAUGAGGAUUCGGCCAGAAGUUCGCCAUCCCCUGGGACUACGGGAAAUCGAUCUACCAAUAACGUCACAUUUGUUGUUCCUAAACUUGACAUUGCUGAUGUGCGCAAUGACGCUGAGACUGACGAAAGCUCCACACCUCAAAGUGCUCGUGAUCGCAUUGAGCAAAUUCCGCAAAUUCCUCAUAUGUCUCAGCCAUCAACACCUCAGCGAGUCCUGGCUCAGCAAGAUCCAGCUCCAAUUCUGAAUUGGAGCCCUCGUGAGGUACCUGAUAGUUCCGCUGAAAUAAGUGAUUUGGCGAAGAAACUUGGUGUUCGACUUUUUCAAGACACUUCAAUUCUUGAGCAGCUUCAAAGCGUCAAGCGUGAAAAAUCUUUUGUUGAGCAGCUUCGUGAGUUGGUUGCAUCUUCUUCUCGAAGAGAUCCACCUGCGAAACCACUUCAGUUCAUUCCUUCUACACCAAUAGCUUCACAAGCCAAGCCACCAGUACAUUCAAACAUAGAGUGCAAGGAAAUCGAUGUGCAAACGUCCUGGGUCGGCGAACCGAAAAAGGAAAUGCGUGACAAUGCUACCGAUUUGCCCUCUUUGGACUAUCUCUCCACGUCAGAACUGGGUGGAUUACGGCAGCUUCCAGAGACUUUCGUCGCUCAGGAGGAAGUGUCAUCAUCAGCAUUCAGUUCUGAUCAGAGUGCAGGACAAGUCCCUCAAAGCCUAAUCAGGUUCAGUCAAAUGCGCACAACGAUACCUGUGGACCGUGACGGCAGUGCGUUUUUGGCUCCAGCGAAAGGCGUCAAAGUUUCCGAAUCUAUGGAGUAUGCUCCAGUGAACAGCAAGCAAAUUACGAAGCAGUUUGACCAAGCUCCUGAAAAAGUGACUGAGAAUUCCACCCCGCGCACUCCGCGUGUGUCCGAGUCACCUUGGCGACCAUCAUCUCGUCGUCUUCAUCUCGAAGAAGUUGAUAUCUCCACAAGCCAAGACUCUAAUUCCAUCGAGGUUAUUUCUGUCGGGACUCCUCGCCGACUUCCGCUGGCUAAUCCAGACGAUGCACAAUCAGGGCAUAAAGUGAUUCCAGCAGCCGAAGGAACGUCUGCACAAAUCUCUUUGAAAGACAGCUCUGAUUUGAGUCAUCAAGAUGAGGAACACACUUAUAAUCAAGUUUCGCAAAUCGUCAGCGAGUAA